AUGGCUCCGGCGAGGAAGGCCAGCCGUCGGGUGACCAAAACCAACUUGUUACGGAGCCGGAAGCUCGCCUCCUUUCUUAAGGACUUCGACCGUGAAGUGCAAAUACGAUCCAAGCAGAUUCUGUCUGACGGGCUGAACAUCCUCAAGGAGAUGGAUAACUUGUACAACAUCGAGAUCCUGCGGCUCCCCAAGGCGCUGCGCGAGAUGAACUGCCUCGACUACUUCGCCCUUGGAGGAAACAAGCAGGCCCUGGAGGAGGCAGCGACGGCUGACCUGGAUAUCACAGAAAUAAACAAGCUAACAGCAAAAGCUAUGCAGACACCCCUGAAAUCUACCAGAACACGAAAGGUAAUGAAUGAAAUGAAAGUGCAAGAAGAAGAAGAUGAAGAAGAAGAAGAAAAUAAAAAUAAGAAACUUAAAACUUCCAAAGUCAAAAGGUGCCCUCCAUCCAGGAAAAGAAUGCAGUCCAUACAAGGAAAAGGCAAAAGCAAAAGGUCAAGCAGUUUUAACACUGUUACCCCAGCUGUGGGCCGAAUGGAGUUGUCCCUGGUGAAACCUACUCCAGGCAUGACGCCCAGAUUUGAUUCAAGGGUCUUCAAGACCCCAGGCCUUCGAACUCCAGCAGCCAGAGAGCGGAUCUACAAUGUCUCAGUGAACGGCAGCCCUCUGGCCGACAGCAAAGAGGUUUUCCUCACGGUGCCCGUGGGAGGCGGAGAGAGCAUGCGGUUAUUGGCCAGUGACUUGAGGAGGGUCGAUAUUGCACAGCUGGAUCCAGAGGCCUUGGGGAACAUUAAGCAGCUGUCCAGCCGUCUUGCCCAAAUCUGCAGCAGCAUACGGAUUCACAAAUGA